AUGACAGACAGGACAAAAACGAUCUUCCUACCGAUCUUCGAUCUCGGGGGCAUAAAAAUCCCGCUUGCAAGAACUACAGCAGAAGGAUGUCGUGGGACUACAGCAGAAGGAUGUUGUGGGACUACAGCAGAAGGAUGUUGUGGGACUACAGAAGAAGGAUGUUGUGAGACUACAGAAGAAGGAUGUUGUGAGACUACAGAGAAGGAUGUCGUGGGACUACAGAAGAAGGAAGGAUGUCGUGGGACUACAGAAGAAGGAUGUCGUGGGACUACAGAAGAAGGAUGUUGUGGGACUACAGAAGAAGGAUGUCGUGGGACUACAGAAAAGGAUGUCGUGGGACUACAGAAGAAGGAAGGAUGUUGUGGGACUACAGAAGAAGGAUGUCGUGGGACUACAGAAGAAGGAUGUCGAGAGACUGUAGUAGAAGGAUGUCGUGGGACUACAGAAGAAGGAUGUCGUGGAACUACAGCAGAAGGAUGUCGUGGAACUACAGCAGAAGGAUGUUGUGAGACUACAGAAGAAAAAAGAAGGAUGUCGUGGGACUACAGAAUAAGGAUGCCGUGA